CAGAGAGCCGCAGUUUCCGGAGCGACUUCAAACCUGUCUGUUCCAGUUAUCACAUCCUCGGCUGCCAGUGACAGCAUGAUAACAACAUGCACCAGUGACGAACGGUCCCUCCAGAGAGCUUUCCUGUUUUAAACCUGUGAUUGUGAGUUAGCUGCUGCAGUGGACAUCAGCGCCUGCGCAGUGCGCACGCGCGAGGAUUUAAGCACGAGCGUCUGAGUUCCAAGAUAACGGAUUUACCCCCCCUAAAAUGGACAAAAACGUGCCCCCAGCUAUUUGGUUUCGAAAAUAUUCAGGUUUUAGUCGUGUCUGCAAGACGCUACAAGUUAAUUCGUGUGUUUGCGUGUGAAGGAGGGUCGAAGCAGAGCCCGCCCUCCCGGGUCUGAGUCUGAGCCUGCCCCGCUCCACUUCAUCACAGCGGAACAUGCUCGCAGCCGCCGCCAACCUCCUGAAGCCCGCAGCUGAUCGAUGAUCUCCGGAUGCGCCCUGCAGCAGGCGUCUCACCGCGGGGAAGUUGAAGGCCAGGUUCGGUUCGGCUGAAACUCCACGGGACCUCACCAUCAUGCCAGGCGCGGACGCAGAGGCUCCCCCGGCGGAACGCGCAGUAGGCGCGCUGUGGUCGUUCGGGAAAUGCCUGGGCGCGCUGCUGCCCGUCUACCUGGCCGGGUACUACGGCUUCAGCAUCAGCCUGGUGCUGCUGGGGCUCAUGCUCUACAUAGGAUGGAAGCACGGCCGCAUUGAGAAGGUGAUGAGACUCAAGUCUGCCAUGUACCUCCUGGAGAACGAGAGGGAAUUCACCACGCAGAAGGUUUUCCGAGCCAAGAGGGAUUUACCUCCGUGGGUUAACUUUCCAGACGUGGAGAAAACAGAAUGGCUAAAUAAGAUCCUGCAGCAAGCCUGGCCUUUUAUAGGCCAGUAUCUGGAAAAGUUGCUCGUGGAAACCAUCGCUCCCGCCAUCCGUACUUCCAGCAUCCAUCUGCAGACUCUCAGCUUCACUAAAGUCAACAUAGGAGACAAGGCUUUGAAGGUGGUGGGUGUGAAGGCUCACACCGAACACGAUAAGAAACAAGUUAUGUUGGAUUUAUACCUGAGCUAUGCAGGAGAUGUUGAAAUAAACGUUGAGAUCAAAAAGUAUUUCUGCAAAGCUGGUGUAAAAGGAGUCCAGCUCCAUGGGAAGCUGCGUGUGAUUCUUGAGCCUCUGAUUGGAGAUGUUCCUCUGGUUGGAGCCAUUACGAUGUUUUUUAUCCGCAGGCCUAAACUUGACAUCAACUGGACUGGACUCACAAAUCUGUUGGACAUCCCUGGACUAAAUUCCAUGUCGGAUACUAUGAUAAUGGAUGCAAUAGCCUCCCACUUGGUGCUUCCCAAUCGUCUCACUAUCCCACUGGUGGCCAAUCUGCACGUGGCACAGCUCCGCUCCCCUCUCCCAAGGGGAGUUGUCCGCAUUCACCUGCUGGAAGCAGAAGACCUGACUGCCAAAGAUACAGUCAUCAAGGGGUUAAUCGACGGGAAGUCUGACCCAUAUGCCGUGAUCCGUGUGGGGACGCAGAUCUUCACCUCACAUCAUGUGGACAGCAACCUGAACCCACAGUGGAGAGAGAUGUAUGAGGUGAUUGUCCAUGAAGUACCUGGUCAGGAGUUGGAAGUGGAAGUGUUUGACAAAGACCCAGACCAGGAUGACUUCCUGGGGAGGGUGAAGGUGGAUCUAGACAUUGUGAGGAAGGCUAGAAUUGUGGACGAUUGGUUUAAUCUGAAAGACGUCCCAUCUGGCAGCAUUCACCUGCGUCUGGAGUGGCUCUCUCUGCUGUCCUCUGCUGACAGACUCAGUGAGGUGAUUCAGAAGAACCAGAACUUGACCACCAAAACAUCCGAUGCCCCAUCUGCUGCCAUCCUUGCCAUCUACCUGGACCAGGGUUAUGAGCUGCCUAUGAGGAAAGGUAGCAAACUCCCGAGCCCCAUGGCUCAGAUUUCCAUCCAGGAUACAACUAAAGAAAGCAAAACUUGCUAUGGGAGUAACAGCCCUGUGUGGGAGGAGGCGUUCACCUUCUUCAUUCAGGAUCCUCACAAGCAGGAUAUUGACAUCCAAGUGAAAGAUGAUGAUCGCUCUGUGCCAUUGGGCAGCCUUACUAUCCCUCUGAACCGCCUUCUGGAGACUUCUGACCUCACAAUGGACCAGUGGUUCCAGCUGGAGAAUUCUGGGACAGCCAGCCGUAUUUAUGCCAAAAUUGUGCUUAGGAUUUUGUGGCUGAGUGACGAUGUCACUCCCACGACUCCGUCUCCCCGCCCUCCAGGCUCUGGGUCUGAGGCUGGCCAGGGAGGAAUCACGUCUGACCUGAACUCCGCAGGGCCUGGUGGAUUAAACAAACCUCAGCCUACUCAACCACAGCACACCACACCCGAUCCAGAGUUUGCAACUGAGGGCGUGCUACGAAUUCACCUGGUGGAGGCCCAAAACUUGAUAGCCAAAGACAACUUCAUGGGAGGGAUGGUGAAGGGGAAGAGCGACCCCUAUGUCAAAAUCAAAGUUGCUGGGAUAACCUUCCGCAGUCACACCAUUAAAGAGAACCUGAAUCCUAUCUGGAACGAACUCUAUGAGGUUAUUUUGACUCAACUUCAUGGUCAAGAGAUCCAAUUUGAGCUGUUUGACAAGGACAUUGAUCAGGACGACUUUUUGGGAAGGUUCAAGCUGAGCCUACGGGACAUCAUCAACGGACAGUUCAUUGAUUCGUGGUACACGCUUAAUGACGUGAAGUCAGGACGAGUUCACUUGGUGCUCGAGUGGCUGCCCAGAGUCUCUGACCUCAUCAGACUGGAGCAGGUCCUGCAGUAUCAGUCCCAACAGUCGUACCAGAACAAGGCUGUGCCAUCAGCCGCCGUGCUGUUUGUUUAUGUGGAGCGCGCCCACGGCCUUCCGCUCAAGAAGAACGGCAAGGAGCCAAAAGCUGGAGCUGAAGUCGCUUUAAAAGGUGUUUCGUUCAAAACAAAGAUCUGUGAGCGAUCCACAUCCCCCCGUUGGGAUGAACCCUUUCAUUUUCUGGUUCGAGACCCCACAGAUGAAACCCUGACAGUCAAGCUCUCCCACAGCUGGGGCCAGGCUCUGGGGUCUCUGACGCUCCCUCUGAAAGAGGUGCUGUCUGAGCCAGGUCUGGUGCUGGACCGCUGGCUCAGUCUGGAUGGAGCCCUGCCGGAGAGUCAGAUACUGCUGAGGAUUACGCUGAAGGUUUUGGACACACAGUUGGCAGUGUGCCGCAGCGGCCCAGUUGGAGCAGCGAAUGAUGCUGAUGAAGGAAAGGUCUUUCCUAAAUGGGAUCCUUCCCACUUAGACCUCAGACACAGAAGUGGAUUCACCAUGGCGAGUGAGAAUGCAAACACAGCCGGCCAAGUCAAGCUAACCAUUGGCUACUCCACUGAGGAAAACAGGCUCUUCAUCACUGUUCACUCCUGCAGAGCCUUAGCCCCUCGUUCCAAGGAUGGAGCCGACCCGUAUGUGUCCUUUAUUCUACUCCCCGACAAGAAGGCAACCACCAAGAGGAGAACCACCACCAAAAGAAAAGAUCUCAACCCCGAAUUUAACGAGAGGUUCGACUUUGAUUUUUCUCUGGAAGAAUCCACCCAAAGAAAGUUGUAUCUGUCUGUGAAAAACAGCGUGUCCUUCAUGAGCCGAGAGAAGGAGCUCAUCGGCAAGCUGCAGCUGGAUCUGGACCAAAUUGAUCUGAAGGCUGGUGUUGCACAAUGGUUUGAUUUGGUAGCAGAGACCAACUAAAGAGAAGACUGAUUCUAUUUAACAUAAAACCUGCAGUACUUGUGUGUUCUGUGAUUUUGCUUCUGAUCAUUCAGCUUAUAUAAAAAUGUCCACUUUCAUUGCAGAAGAAAAAAAGCAAAUCUGCUCCACAUUUUAAUGGACCUUGAAUAUUUAUAAGAAGGAAAACGUUCCAUUUUGCACAUCUUCGGUGUUAACUGUGCUGAAUCUGUUAGUUUUACAGACGUUUUGUCAAGUAGAUAUUUUACAAUAACGCAACUGUGUUGCAUGAUAAACCAAUUAAAAAAAAGCAAAUAAAUGUCCUUUUUACAUUCUAUUUAAAAAGGACUAAUGCCACAGUGAUGACGUUGUUGUGUUUGUUUACAGCAAAACCCAACUCAAAGAGAUUCCUUUAAAAAUCAGAGUGUUUAUAUAUAUAUUUAUGUUUAAUUAUUGCCUUAAGUAUUACAAAACUGUGCACAAUUUGUCAGUGUUUAUGAAAUAUUGUUUCACAUGAAAUUUUCUAUGUUAUUAGUGUCAAUUUCGUACUUUAAAAUGACUCAGAAAAGUGACCCUUCCCUGGAAACAGGGGUUUGAAACUGUAAGCAAAGUCGAGAUCACUGUGCUUUUAUGAAGACGAAGCUUUGUAGAUACACAUCGCUGUGACCAAUCCCCGGUGAUUUAAGUGUUUUUGUGAGCCGACGCUUUUAGCCACUUGUGUAUUUUUUAAAUGCAAUGAUGACUGCAUGAGAAGCAUGCUAAUUUUCACCAAUGUCAUCUUUAAAACACCACAUGGCUUGCAGUAACUCAAAGCAAAGUGCACACCGUCAGAAUAAAAGAACAGUGCUUCGACAUACUUUGAACAUAUCAUUGUGUAUCUGCUGAAAUUGCCAAUUAAAGCUUGCAGUCAAAGAAUCAA